AUGGACUACAGCACCGACGAAGUAGAACCUGUGCACCCCGGAACCCCUAGUUUCUUUCCUGCAUUACUCGAGCACAUCAAGUCGGCCGCACCUGGUCUACCCACUGACCCAGUCAUUCUACAAUCCCUUCUUCUAUGUAUUAUGGCCGGUAAUAAGAACGUGAUACUGAGGACUCGGGAGGAGGAUAUCAGCGUUGUGCAAAAUUUGACGGCUUUGAACAAGCGUUCCCGUUCAUAUCCUGUACCAUCUGGCGAGCAGUCGUUGACAGGCAUCACCGACAGCGAGCUCGAAACCCUCUCUUCAAAUCACCUGAGUAGCUUUGAUUCUAAAAGCAGGCCCUCACUGCGUCCUCUCGGCGUGAAGUCAAAUCCAGCAGUCCCAUUAGCUGAGGCAGAAGUGCUUGAACGCGCUCGCUUGCCUGCUGACGCCGAGAUACCUCAAGCAGUCGUGGUGUCGGGUCUCGAGCAUGCAUCGGUGCCCUGCCAACGUGCUUUGCUCCGUACGUUUCUCGAAGGACGAAUCGUGCUAGAUGAGGAUGACGGCUUUGCCAAAGAUCUUCCUCCUGAUUUCUUUUUUGUAUAUGUCUGCCCGUGGGAUCCACGAGAGCGUCCCAAAAUACACAAGAGCUUGCUAGACCAAUUCUCCAUGAGUGCUACCAUCGGCCUUCACCCCAACACUCGCCACGCCUACGCCUCGUACCUUGCGUCCAUUCUCCCAACAACUAUAGUGCCCUCUUUGACCCCUCCAGCGUCGCCAGAUGCCGCUCCCCUUCCUUCACGAUUACUAUCAGACCUUCGCGAGCUGAGUACCGCUGACCAUACAUAUACACAUGCGUCAUUGCGACUGUAUAUCGCAGAUCUAUUCGCCGCCGCACGACACCACCACGAGCUGGACGGCACACUCCUAGGCGUGCGGGCGGCCCGUGACGCCGAGGCCAUCGUAUGCGCACACCGCGUUUUGUGCGGCGGCGACACAGGCAUUGCGCUGGUUGAGCGCGCGGCGACGUUGGAGGAGCAGGCCGAGAAGCAGGCCGAGAAGCAGGCGAAGCUCGGCCGCGCAGAGAUGAACCGAAGUACGAUCGCGAGCACUCACGGGUAUCACGAUCACGAUCGCUUGGAUGAGUUCAGUAUCGCGACGCCGCGCGGCGGCGAAGAGGAUAUCAACGACGGGCUGGAUAUCCGUGUACAUCUUCACUGGAGGGAUGACGACGACAUGGUGUCACGUUCAACAGACCCGUCCGCAUCUCCGAUGUUGCCUAUGGAGUUUGGUCAUGGGCUACAAGAUUCAUUGGCUUCGCUCCCUAUCGCGGACGACUGGUGGGCGAUCGCGGACAAGGCCGUGCGGUGGGAUGUCUCCGAGGUCGACGUUGCGAAGGUCGUGCCUCGCGUCAUCUCUCAUCGCCUACGCGUACGUGCUGGUCCAGAACACGAGAUCCUCUCGAGCGUCAUGUUUCCCGCGGCUAUUCCGGGGCCCAAGCUGCGGCUCGAAGACGAGGGCGACAAGGCGGCGAAGGAGAUAUGGCGGCGUCGAACUGUCAAAGAGAUUGUGGUGAAGAUCAUGAAAGAAGUUUGA